CACUGCUUCAUCGUCUAGCGAAGCUACCACAACUACCACCACAAUGUCCUCCAGCGUAGCACCUACAGACACAACGUCUUCUACUGAGUCUACCACUGCUUCAUCGUCUAGCGAAGCUACCACAACUACCACCACAAUGUCCUCCAGCGUAGCACCUACAGACGAGUCUACCACUGCUUCAUCGUCUAGCGAAGCUACCACAACUACCACCACAAUGUCAUCUAGCGUAGCACCUACAGACACAACGCCUUCUACUGAGUCUACCACUGCUUCAUCGUCUAGCGAAGCUACCACAACUACCACCACAAUGUCCUCCAGCGUAGCACCUAAAGACACAACGCCUUCUACUGAGUCUACCACUGCUUCAUCGUCUAGUGAUCAUCUACUGUAA